CUGGCUUGUUCCCAGCACCAGUGAAUUUGAAGAAUUUAACAUUUUAGAGUGAGAGCUGGCAGGUGGAGUGAAGGAGGAAGGGUAGAGAAACCUGGCAGGAUGGGAGACUUUGGGCCUCAGAAAGAGAAAGGAAAAGUUGAACCCAAGUCACAAAAUCCUGUGCCUUGCCGCCAUUGUGCCCCACCCCUUCCCAGCAGCAGCACCUAGGAUAAAGCAACCUUAUCUGCAAGUGGAUCAGGCUUGCAAGGAGGAGAUUAAUUGUAGAUCUAAUUCAACUACAAGACAAUAUCAUGAAGAAAUUAAGGAAAAUGUCUCCCUCGUUUUUGCGUCUAAAAGCGAAUAAAGUUAUGGAUGUCUCUCCACCAGGCUCUGACUUCGGUGACAGAAAGGGCGCUGAUCCAAGAGAAUUGACAUCAGUAAACAAUAAGGAAGUCGUCAGUGAAAGCACUGCCUUGUAUGAAAUGACACCAUCAGCCUCUGGAGGACAUGCUAAUGUAAACACUGCCUGGAGUGAAUUCACACCAUCAACUACUGAAGGACACUCUAAUGCAAACACUACCUGGAGUGAAGUAACAGCAGAAUCCUCUGAAGGACACUCUAUUCCAAACACUGCCUGGAGCGAUUUCACACCAUCAACCUCUGAAGGACACAAUAAUGCAAACACUGCCUGGAGUGAUUUCACACCCUCAGCCUCCGAAGGAUACUCUUCUGCAAACACUGAAUUUUCCGAAUCAACAACAGGAAUUCUUGGUGGUGGCACCAAUAAAACAUGUGAUCCACAUGAGUCGGAAAACAUAACCUGUGUUGAAGACACCAGUAAAAUUAUAAUGGAUCAACUGUCCAGGCUUGAUGAUGGUGAUGAAGAUGUUUACAUUCACAGUUUACACGAGGGCAACAUAAUGAAAAAAAUUAUUCACUUAAUUGUAGCAUCCUUCACAUUCAGAAUAUUUGGAAUUUUGCUGAUCUUUUUGGAUGUGUCCCUCGUCAUUACAGACCUUGUCACUGAUAAUGCAAUGUUCAGUCAUUUGGAAUAUCGUUUAAUUUCUUUAGCUAUUGCUUUAUUUUUCCUCAUCGAUGUUCUUCUUCGAGUAUAUGUAGAUGGGAUGAAACCUUAUUUUUCUGAUGUACUUAACUCCUUGGAUGCUGGCAUUAUUGUGGUGACUCUACUAGUUAAUAUUGUUUAUAUGUUCUAUGAUUAUAGGUUUCUUAAUGAUCUCCCCAGAAGAAUCACAAUUUUAUUUCGGCCUCUACGGUUUAUUAUUCUGAUAAGAAUUCUUCACCUGGCUAAUCAAAAAAGACAACUUGAAAAGGUGACCAGAAGGAUGGUUUCAGAAAACAAACGACGAUACAAAAAGGAUGGAUUUGACCUAGACCUCACUUAUGUUACUGAGCGUAUUAUUGCCAUGUCAUUCCCAUCUUCUGGAAGGCAGUCUUUCUAUAGGAAUCCCAUAAAGGAAGUUGCACGGUUCUUGGAUACCAAGCAUCAAAACCACUAUCGAGUCUACAAUCUAUGCAGUGAAAGAGCAUAUGAUCCUAAGUUCUUCCAUUAUAAUGUGCAUCGAAUCUUGAUUGAUGAUCAUAAUGUUCCCACUCUGAGUGAGAUGAUGGCAUUCUCCAUGGAAGUAGAAGAGUGGCUGACUGAAGAUAAGGAAAACAUCGUAGCAAUUCACUGUAAAGGAGGCAAAGGAAGGACUGGAACCAUGGUUUGUGUCUGCCUUAUUACUAGUGGAAUAUUUGUCACUGCACAGGACAGCCUUUUUUAUUUUGGAGAACGACGAACAGAUAAAUCCAGCAGCGCUAAAUUUCAGGGAGUAGAAACUCCUUCUCAGAAUAGAUAUGUUGGAUAUUUUGCAGAUGUGAAAAAUAUCUAUAAGAUGACACUCCCUCCAAGAAAAAUACUCAAGAUAAAAAAAUUCUGUCUUUAUGCAAUGCGUGGUAUUGGAAAAGGCAAUGGAAGUGAUCUAAAAGUACAAGUGAUAAUGCAGCAAAAGAUUGUCUUUCACUGUUCUGCUUUCAAAAACUGUAGGAUAUUUCAUGACAUUAAAAAAGACAGAGUAAUCAUUAAACUACUCAGCUGUCCACCUCUGUAUGAUGAUGUGAAGGUGCAGUUUCUCUGUUCUAAUCUUCCUAAAUACUAUGACAACUGCCCAUUUUUCUUCUGGUUCCAUACAUCUUUUAUAGAAGAUAACAGGCUUUAUCUUUCAAGAAAUGAAGUGGAUAAUCUCCAUAAACCAAAAGCAUGGAAAAUUUACCCUCCAAAAUUUGCAAUUGAGAUAUACUUUGAUGACGUUCAGUGAUAGCUGGUAUCUGAUUUAGUGUAGUUCCCCUUUUAGGUAGAAUCAUGUUCUUCCCAACCCCUGUGACCUAUUUAUAUUCUUCUAAACCUAUUUCCUUACUGAUAGACUUAUGUUUAUAUGUGUACAUAAAAUUCUUGAGAAAUCUGUUAAAUACAUACAAGGUAAAAUGUCCUAGGAAUUUU